AUGAAUAUUUAUAAAGUUGUGUUUGUGACACUUUCUUUAUUUUUUGUAAUCGGCUUCACCAAUAGUUUCGAUUACCAGGAGAGCGACUUGGCAUCAAAAGAGAGUCUGUGGAACUUGUAUGAGAAAUGGCGGAGCCAUCACACAGUUUCUCGUGAUUUAGAGGAAAAGAAAAAGCGAUUCAGUGUGUUCAAGGAGAACUUAAAGCAUAUUCACAAGGUGAAUCAGAUGGAUAAACCCUAUAAGCUUAAACUAAAUGCUUAUGCAGACAUGACCAACUAUGAGUUCUUAAAUAGCUAUGGCGGCUCAAAGGUCAGUCACUAUAGGAUGCUCCAUGGUCCUAGGCGCUCUACUGGCUUUAUCCAUGAGAAGACUGAGGAUUUUCCUUCUUUUGUCGAUUGGAGAAAAAAAGGAGCAGUUGCUCCUAUCAAGAACCAAGGCAGAUGUGGUAGUUGUUGGGCGUUUUCAACAGUAGCUUCAGUAGAAGGUAUCAACCAAAUCAAAACGGGAGAAUUGAUCAGCUUAUCCGAGCAAGAAUUGAUUGAUUGCAAUAAAGAAAACCAUGGUUGCGAUGGAGGAUUAAUGGAAGAUGCAUUCAAGUACUUAGAGAAAAGUGAUGGAUUAACAACUGAAAAAAAUUAUCCUUACAGAGGCAAAGACGAAAAGUGUCAAAUAUCAAAGAUGAAUGCUCCAAUGAUCGUCAUAGAUGGUUACGAAAUGGUUCCUGAAAAUGAUGAGAAAGCUCUCUUGAAAGCUGUUGUCAACCAACCUAUUUCAGUUGCUAUAGAUGCUGGUGGCAAGGAUUUUCAAUUUUAUGCUGAGGGAGUCUUCACUGGUAAGUGUGGAACAGAAUUAAAUCAUGGAGUAACACUCGUGGGAUAUGGGUCAACCUCAGAUGGAACUAAAUACUGGUUAGUGAGGAACUCUUGGGGAAUUGAAUGGGGAGAAAAAGGUUACAUAAGAAUGGAACGAGAUAUUAAAGAAGGAGGAGGUAAAUGUGGAAUAGCCAUGGAGGCAUCCUAUCCUAUCAAAUGGAACCCUAACACAAUCUAUGGAUCCAACGGAUCCAUUGAGAACAUACUAAAAAUGGUGCAAUGA